AUGAAGCGACAAGGAAAUAUUUUACCUGGUAAAUCUAGUGUUUAUUGCCAAUGGGAUUCACAGAUGGACAAGAUUUUAAGUCGGGUCUUACUAGAUCAAAUAGUUCAAGGAAAUAAGGGUGAUGGAGACUGGAAGCCGCAAGCAUACCAAGUAGUUGUGGAUAAACUUCGCACUAACUUGGCAAUCAAAGUGACUAGAGAUAAUUUUAAGAACCGACUUCGAGCAUGGAAGAAAGGCUAUGCAGUGAUAACUGAUGUUCUAAAGCGAAGUGGAUUGAACUUGUGGGAUGAAGAUAAGAAGAUGGUCGUAGUUACAGCUAGUAAUACAAGUGAUUGGCUAUCUUAUUGCAAUGAUCACCCUGAUGCACGUUCUUAUGCAAACACAUAUAUCGAGAAUUGGGAUGAUUUAGGCUUGUUGUGUGCAAAAGAUAGAGUUGUGGGAGAUGGGCAAACCAUCAUUCAGAGGCUAAUGCAUCCAUGGGUGAUCAAGAUGACAUGGAGGACGUCGGAUCAGCGUCUACUUUUUCCAAUUCGAGUGCACAUGGCUCAAAAUCUCAAAGGAAGAAGCCUAUUGGUGAAGUCAGUUCAGAAUCGCGAAAGAGAGUUAAGAAGGACAGUCAAGUUGGGGAUGCAUUGUAUAUGGUAG